ACACAACCUCACAUACUGACUGAAAAAUAUUAGCUCUUCAAGAUUCAAUCAUUGUGCAUCUUAGAAGAGUCAUUUUAAACGAAAGUGAAAUCCUUCAAAAAAAAUGUAAAACCAUAUCCAAACAUCCGCAUUUAAUAACUUGCGUGAUCCGAACUGAACGGGGGGACCAUUUCCGAUAUUACGGAAGAGUUAAUGGACAAACACCAAAAUGGGGUCAGUUCAGACAUUGUGCAAGUGGAAGCUGAGUCCACGUGUCAACUUCCACGUCAGCAAGGUCACGUGACAUGUCACCGGAAUCCCGUUUUCCCGGGAAAUCUAUGACGCCUGUUGUGCCCCCACAAGCGACACUCUCAUGAAGUCGAGUGAUGAAAGGUAGCACUAGAAUUUGUUGCCUCACUUGGGCACGCUAGAGGCUAGAAUUGGGGCCUGGCGGUAGAUUGAUGGACAUGCUGCAAUGGCUCUCGCACCGCAACGGUGGUAUCAACGCAGAGCGUCACGCUCAAUCCCCUUGCGCAAAUCGAGUCAUUAUGUGAGAGGCUGAAUUCCCCAUUGCUACUACUCCGGUGAAGACAUCGUGGAGGGAUUAUUUUUAAGAACCUCAACACGGCUUGCUGAAUUGCGGGUAUAUAGAGUGCUAAUAUUGGAAACCGUCGGCAGCUAUUGAUUUGAUUACGAGGGUCCGACAUGCGUUGAUUGAAAGGAGUGGACGGAGUGAGGAGACUGUGCGACGAUGGAGGGUAUUGGGAAUCUGGUGCGGCAAGGCAGCAUGUCGCGCUUGCGAGGGAGCCAGUGGACGUCGGAGCAUUGCGUGUUGAAGGUGGAGGAAAUGCUGAGCAAGGCAAUUGUGCACCAGGAGGAUCUGUUGAGAAUGCUCACUUCGAACCUCCCCGACUGCUUGGCGGGGUCGCAAGAUGGUUCGCCCCACAUGGCUCCGGUGGCCAUCACCGAUGUCAUAUACCCCUCCGUCCUGGUUUCUCUCAAAUCCAAGGUGGAGAAUUCUAUGGACUGGUGCCAACUCGCGCUCUGUCGUCUCCGGGAGAUCGUUCUCCACACUUCAUCCCUUGCUCGCUCUCCCACCGCGCAGCAUUCUACUGGAAGCUCAGUAGGUUCUGGACACCUGCCCCUCUUCCCCAAAGGCAGCGAUGCAGAAUCAGCAGCGGUUCAGCUUCGAGGGAACCAUGCUCACUCCUUAUCCCGAUUGUGUGUCCCUACACCCUUGAGCCCCCUCAAAGCUCUGCGCAAGGAGCCUCUCGUUCCUCACUCCUUCGCCGUACAAGACCGAAACUGCAGCGCAUGGAAGGCCGGUAAUCGCCUCUCCCACGACUAUUUCGCUCCCCAGCUCAACAAGCCUCCCUCCGUUCCACCAGGGGAAGAUUCUUCGUCGCCAAAAGGGCAACAUCAACAGAGGCGGAAUUCUGCACGGUUGCCGGCGAGUAUGCACAUGGCUGUGUCGGACUGGCCGACGACGUUGUCAGACACGGGCAGUCCAAUUCAUUCUGCAAGUGUGCCCCGUUCUUUGCCCUCUAACCCUCAACAGUGUUCGCCGUCUUACCAUAUGAGUAAUGUAGCACUCGAGCCGUCGCUCGAUGGCGCCGAAGUCAUGGAUUACAAGAAUCAAUCUAUCGCAGAGGAUCAGAGCUAUUUCAACAAGUUACCUCGGGAGAACCGAACAAGAAACUCAUUUAGAAAAUCUGAAGUCAGAAAGUUCAGCGGGAAUGAAGCAAAGGUAGAAGUUGUGCUUCAAAGAUUGAACGGCAACAAGAAGGGAAUCCCCGAUGAUGGCCACAGAGGGUGGAAGAAAUAUGGCAACAAAUCCAUUCAAAACUCCAACCAUUGCAGAGGAUACUAUAAAUGCAGUGUGAAGGAGUGUCGUGCGAAGAAGAUGGUGCAACCCACCGACAAGGAUCCCAUGGUAUUUGAAAUCACUUAUGUGGGCAAGCACACCUGCUCCAGCACUGGAUACAAACGAAACCGGUCCACGCGGGGUUCGGCAGGCAGUCCUGCGCAACUCGAAUCAAUUCAAGAUCACCUUCAGGGGCACGACAAGCCUGGAGUGACCAUGGAUGAUAAGCUAACUACAUUUCAGGAUAGCCAUAUCAGUAGCACGGAUUGCAAGAAACGCAGUAAUGUUGAAAUGGAUCAGGUGGAAAACAGCAGGAUAUGGACAGGAUCGAACUCUGUGGAUGGAGGGUUGACAGAGCCUUUACACGGCUCACCUUCGGGUAAGAGGGUAAGACGGAGCAAAGAUGACAAGGAUUGUCCCGACAAUUACAGCUACAUGAAUAACAUGGCCAUUUCGACCAUCACGACGGCGUCCGAGGAUCGUGAACAAGCAGUAGAAGAUGAGGAUGGCUCCUUGGACACAUACCUCCACCAAAGCUCUCGUCACCACCAAGCAGUGUAUUGGUUUCAGGAAUCCCUCUCGUGGGCUGAUUUCGACAUCGAAGGGAAUUUAUCCACAGGCCAAAAAUCGGUCAAUAUAGACAAUCAUUCUUCAUGAGUGGGCGAGGAGGCAGAACUGAUGUGAACAUACCACAUCUUCAGAGCUUGCUGAAGUCUUCCGAAUACCUCAUCUUCGCCGGAGAAUCACAGAUGUUGCAGAGAUUUUGGCAUUGCUCCUGGGAGCGUUCGUUGAGAAUGCAGGAAGUAAAUGAAUUCACCCGGAGAGUGUUAGGAGUUCCAAGAAUUUAACCUAAGCACCAACGGCAGCUUGUACUUCUCUCCAGGCUAACAUCAUUUUGUCACCCGCGUACUACUAAAACAGCAGCAAGUGCAUGUUAACCACGUUUUAGAUCAUCCAAGGGAUGUUGCACAGGUGCAUCGCUGGCUUAGCUCGAAUAAUUUGAGCCAACAAGAUUUAGAUGGUCCGAAAGACCUCACACGUAUUUAAUUUCCUGAACAUGGGUUUGAGCAUGCGAAUUGUGUUCCAUGCUCCCAGUUCAGGCUGUGAGGACCUUCGCAAUAUGAUGGUUCAGUAAUGAUCUGUAAAAUAGCUGUAGAAGAGUUUUUUGUUUACUUGUUGGUUCUUUAGAAUGAUGGUCUGGCUAUGGUGUGGGAGUAGAUGGAAACCUGUCUGAACUGUAUAGAAACUACACUACAAUGUUAAAAGUGUGACUGUCCUCUUCCGAUGCAAGCUUCUGCGCCAAUUAACACAUUUGGUCAACUUGCCAGUUUUGUCACUCAAUGAGGAUCUGUCGUUUUCUAAA